AUGGGCGCCGAGGAGAUUGCCGCGGCAGGCUGGCUCUCGAGGCCGGGGGAGAUGCCGCCGUCGGGGGGCGCAGAGGCGCUUGCGGCCGCGCCGAGCAGCGAGGGUGGCGUCGCGCCGCAGCAGCACCACGUUUUAGACGUGCCGGCGCGCAGGGCGGCGGAGACACCGACUCCGUCGGCGGCGGCGGCGAGGACGCGGGCGACCUCGCAGACCAACCGCGGCGAGGACGCGCAGACCGAGGUCUGCCCCAUGUGCGGGAGUGGCAUGGGGAUGGCGACCAACCACGGCCACCUCCCCCUCUGGCUGUGUCAGAAGUGCGGGUACUCGAAGCGGCACUCUGAACGACCGAGCUGGCGGGGCGCUUGGGUCUAA